UUAAGUUUCACACUUUCAGUACGCGAGGAGCUUUCAAGUCGAGAGCGCGUCUCGUCGCGAGCCUUUACGACAUACGUAACUGAAAUAUUAUGUGAACUAUUGUUAGUAUGCAAUCUAUUUCGGAGAUUAUCAGCUCUUCACGUCUAAGAUGAAAGCGUGGAGUACUCACGAUCAAGAUACGACGCUGUUCUGCUGUCGGGCAUUACAUGUCAAGCAUGCUGCUUAUGCCAGUGCUCUGUAUACCUUGAAUAUAUCAAUAUUAGUGGUGCUAUUGUACAGUUGGAGGAUCGGAGUUAAUGCCAAGAAGUAUAAGGACCUGGACGACGUUUACUAUGGUGUGCAGAUAGCAUACUUUGCGAUAAUUGGAACGCAAAUGUUCAUGAUUGUCCUUAGUAUAUUCCUCUUCUAUGGGAUUUAUAAAGAAAACGUUGCUUUCUUGGUGCCUUGGGUUGUUGGUUGCAUGACCUUCAUGGCUUUGGAGGCAAUGGCCAUGGUUUAUUCAAAUAUUUUAAGGGAUCACGUCAAUAAGCAAUUCGACGCGAUGUGUAAAGCGGAAAUUACUUUUCUAAUUCCGAGAAUAUUGUUAAAUUGUUUAUGCAUUGGUUGCGUCCUGCGACUAUAUCACCUCCUAAGAGCAGGUGUGACUUGGAAGGGGGCGGCUCCGAUUGAGCUGUGACUAUUGCCCAAAGAAUCAAAGGACUCCACAGUUCCUUGCGAAUCGAGCCUGUUGCUAGGCAACGUGGAAAGUGAUACAGACGCUAGUAUGCAUUCUCUAUGACAAACUGUGUACGUGUAAAAUCCGUAUUACGUUGUGAUAAAUUGAGUAUUGAAUUUUUGCAUAUGUGUGUACAAAGUAAAUAGCGUUAUUAAAUUAUUAUGUUCCACUAUGACUACGUUGAGUCUAGUGUUUGUAAAUUGAUAUUGUAAUAGCUAUGCCAUAAUGAAUACUUUAUUUUAUAUUUAGUAAAGAACGUAGAACCGCUUACGACCAGAAGAAGUUAUAAGUAAUUUCAUGUUAUUCUUGAUAGAAAAUGAUACGCUUUUUAUGGCUUUCAAUACCCUAGUACUCUAAUGGUGAAUAAACGUGUCCGAACUGAUGACCUCCGGGCUUUGUGUCGCGAAACUAAGAGUUAAGUCUCGAUUUAGAGGGGUAAGAAUUUGAAACAAAAGACGAAUCUUACGUUUGACUGCGUUUGAUUGGUUGGUCAAACGGAUAUACUACAUGUCACGUGUCAAAACGAGAGGCGCCUUUGACCAAUUAGAAUGAAACGGAACGCGCCACCAUUUCCUCUUUCAUUUUACAAUAUCACACUGAAUCAUACUCUUAACUUGUUAAACCAUACCACGAGGGUAGAGGCGGAAUCAUUUUCUGGCAUAACUCGAAAGCGGCAGUAGAAAAAAAAAAUUACUAAUUUUUAUCUGUUACUAAUAAUUGUUGAAAGUAGCUUAGGUAUAUUGUAUAAAACAUUGUAAAUAUUGUAGUAAAAUAUUUUUUGAUAUAGCCUUAAUACAUUGCUUUGAGCGUUAUAUUUUAUGGGAAUGUCAGUUUGUAUAUAAACAUAUUAUGUGUAUGUGCUGUCGUAUGUAAAAUAAAUUAUUGAAUGUUC